AUGGGAAAAACUUUGGAGGAAUUCGACCUACAUGAUUUGAAGGGCCCUGAAAGCGAUGAAAUUAGAAGAACUAAAGAUAUUAUUGAUGCACUUGAUGCACCAAUACCAGCUGAGUAUAAAGAAGCACGGGAAAAUUUGAAUUGCAAGCAAAAAGAAGCAUUUGAUUCUAUUAUGGACCACAUUCGAAGAGGCAAAUGUGCUGCUUUUUUUGUAGAUGGACCGGGCGGAACGGGUAAGACAUACCUAUACCAAGCACUAUAUGCAGAAGUACGACUAAUGAACAGGAUUGUUCUCCCAGUGGCAACAUCAGGAAUUGCUGCAGCAAACAUAGUCACUGGUCGUACUGCACAUUCUCGGUUUAAAAUACCUCUUGAUCACACCGUUUCGAAAGCCUGCAAUGUGUCCAAACAAAGCGGCCUUGCAGCACUGUUGAAAGAAGCAUGUUUGAUCAUUUGGGAUGAGUCUUCAAUGGCACGAAAGGAAAACAUAGAAUCACUUGAUCUAUUGCUACGAGACUUGUGUGAUCCCAACGUCCCGUUUGGAGGCAAAGUCAUUGUUUUUGGUGGUGAUUUCCGGCAGGUGUUGCCUAUUGUACCGCAUAAAACUCAAGCUGAAGCUGUUGAAGCAAGCCUUGUAUCAUCUGCCCUAUGGACCACAUUGACGCGCUUCAGCUUAACUGAAAAUAUGCGUGCUAGAGAAGACCAACCAUUCUCUGAAUUCUUGCUUGCACUUGGCAAUGGAUCUUUACAGACUGUUGAAGUCGCGGCUGUUAAAUUACCUUCACAGAUUGUUCUCCCAUUUGAUGCAAGCCCCGAUUGUCUAGGUAAACUUGUGGAAAGCGUCUUCCCAGAAAUCAGUGCAGGGAUUUUUUGCGACAACAUUUUCACAGAUCGCGCAAUUCUGACCCCUAUGAAUGAAGAUGUUGAUGCGAUUAAACAAUGA